UUUCAGAUUCUCAAUGCAUUUGCUGGUCAGACUGAUACAGAGAUGAAAGGCAAAGUGUUGUCAAGGUUACAAAACAUUACAUCAUCUCAGACCUUAUUAGAGAAAUGUCUUGCUGUUACGCCAGGUUACCAACCACCAAUGGCAAACUUUGAUGGUGAUACCUUGACUGUUGUACCUGUACCAGGUGGUGCUAGUACGUCAGGAAUGGCUGUCAAGAAGGGAAGGAAACCAAAAGGUAAGAAAGCGGGUGAUAAGGAUAAUACUAUAAACACAUCAAGUACAGAGACACAGAUGAAUAGUACAUCUACUCAGCUGGAUAAUGACUCCCCAGGGAAGGAAUCAAAGUGUGACAAGGUGAUGGUAAACCUCUCUCUCUACAGACCAUUUUUCAGAGAACUCGACAUAGAAGUAUUUACAAUACUCAACUGUGGAUUGGUCACAAAAGCUGUGUUAGAUACGCAGAUGUACACUAAGGAAGUUACAGUCUUACAGAUUCAGCCACCUCAGUUGGAGUUUUUACUAGAAGAUUUGACAAGAAAACUAGACCAUGCUUUAAUAGCUUCUGCUUCAAAAAGAAGAACUUUUCUCAAGACCAAAGCUGAUAAGAACACUGGAUUUUCCCAUCUGGACAGACACUCAAAUGUUGAUAUAGCACAGAAAGCAGUCAUAUUAUUACCAUCUAUUUGUGAUCACCUUGAGAGUACCAGUGGAUUCUUUCAGGCGAUAAUAGCUGAUAAUGAUGGUUUAUUAGAUGGGCCAGGAAUGUUUACUGAUGAAUCUCAACUGAUGUCAAAAUGUUUUCAACUUUUAUUACAAGCAUUGAUGUCAUUAUUCUCAUGGAGUGGGUUUGUGUUGAGUGAGAAUAAAAAUCUACUCAAGAAAGCACUUACUAUUUUAUCAACCCGCAUUAAAGUAACUGGUCCAUCACAGAGUAAUUUCCAAGAAAUUCUAAGACAAUCAUUUAAUUAUUUGGAGAACUUCUCAUCCACUGUACCAAAUCUUACAAGUGCUGUGACUUUGAUUAAAUUACUGGUGGCAUUAAGUGAAAGGACUGAUACUGAGGAGUUCAAUGAAAAAAUUGCUGCCCUGUCUGUAUCUCUGUUGAAGCGUGAAUGGUUUGCUGCUGAUGGUGAAAAAGAGAAAGGAUCAAAACACAAUGAAAAUCUACAAGUUAUAUUGAAGAUGCACAUGUCAUACUCUAAUGAUGUUUUUGAGUCUAUUGAAACCAUAGCAACUGUAGCAGUACCUGAAUUAAUCAAUACUGAUAAUAAAGGAUGCUCUGACACCUACCCUACAUUGACAAA